AUGGUAUAUGUACCGAAAAAGGUGAAGCGACGUUCGCUGUCUCGAAAUAAUACCACAGGUCACACACUCUCGAUUCCUUCCGAUGCUCCAGACAACUAUAUCAGUGAAGAUUUCGAGAAGGAACUAUCGGCUCGUCGCAAAGCGUUUCGUCGCCUUUCUCGACGAAAACAAACGCAUUUAGACGACGACGAUGACCGGGUGCUCAUGGGCACUCGCAUUUCCGAAGGUCACCAGAACUACGUGCUCAUGUAUAAUAUGCUCACGGGCAUCCGCAUUGCCGUUGGUCGAGUGUCAGCCAAGAUUGAUCGCCCAUUGGUAGCCCAAGAUUUCACAGCAGCGCAUAAACUGGCGUUUGAUGUCACAGGAGACGAAUUGACACCGGGUGCCAAAUAUGACUUUAAAUUCAAAGAUUAUGCACCUUGGGUAUUCCGUCAUUUGCGAGAGAAAUUUGGUAUUGAUCCUGCAGAUUACUUGAUCUCCUUGACAAGUAAAUAUAUCUUGUCAGAGUUGGCUUCCGCAGGCAAGAGUGGCAGCUUCUUUUAUUAUUCAAGAGACUUCCGAUUUAUCAUCAAGACCAUCCAUCACACCGAACACAAAUUCAUGCGGAAAAUUUUAAAGCAGUAUCACGAUCACGUUUGCAAUAACCCUGAUACUUUAUUGUGUCGCUAUUAUGGGCUACAUCGUGUCAAGUUGCCUCAUGGGCGAAAAAUUCAUUUUGUCGUCAUGGGCAAUGUAUUACCACCGAAUAAGGAUAUCCAUGAGACAUAUGAUCUAAAGGGUUCUACUUUUGGCCGUUUCCUUCCAGAAGAGGAAAUUAAAAAGAACCCGUACGCGGUGAUGAAGGAUCUUAACUGGGAGAAACAGAAAAAGAAGCUUCAGCUCGGUCCGCGGAAACGAAAAGUGUUUAUCAGUCAGCUUGUGCGCGAUGUCAAACUUUUAGUGCGAUUGAAUAUCAUGGAUUACAGUUUGAUGAUCGGCGUCCAUGACUUACUCCGUGGAAACAAGGACAAUGUCCGUGACUCGACGUUACAAUUUUUCCAGCCCGACACCAAAACCGCCGAACGACGAGCGUCGAUGAUGAAGCGACGUCAAAGCAAAGCUCAAGUCUAUCGUCAAGCCAUUGCCGAAACCAAUCCUGAUAAAGUGGACGUUUCCGAACUUCCCGAUGCCAUGUUUGAAGAACGGCGCAAUUGCAUCUUUUACGCAGAUGAGGGCGGAUUGCAGGCCACUGAUGAGCAAAACCGGCCCGGUCCGGUUCUAUACUUUUUAGGCAUCAUCGAUAUCUUGACUCCUUAUGAUGUGAAGAAGAAAUCGGAGCACUUUUUCAAAUCAAUGACACAAGACAAGUAUACCAUCUCGUCUGUGAAACCCACUCUGUACGGUGAUCGGUUUAUGGGUUUCAUGGCCAAGGCAUUGCUACACAACAAUGAUAUUCCACGUGAAUACCAGCUAUCCGAUACUCCACAAUCGUAG